CUCUAUUUAUGCUCUCCUCCAUCCUAUUCUAUCUCUAACCAAGGAGAGCAGCACCAGCGCCUGUCGUCACUAUGGCUGCUUAGGGUCCUAAGGGGGUGAAAUGGGAAGCUCCUAAGGAGCUUCUUACAUAGCGUCUCCAGGAAUCUUGGCAGCCGCAUUCCUCCGCGUCGCUUGUCGCGUGGCGCCUAUCGCUUUUCCCCUCUCGCCGGUCGCCUGUCGCCUGUCGCUGCCACACUUUGCAGGGCUCGCGCGCGCAGCUCCUCCUCUGCGCCCUUCCUCCCUUCCCUCGGUUCCUCGCGUCGCAGCCUGCGCCGACUAUGUUCCUCGGCGUCGCGCAUUCAUACUCCAGCGUCAGCCUUCCCUCCAUGAUGCUAACCGGCGGGUUCUCUAAGAAGAUGCCAAUGCCGCGGUUUAACCUUAACUCCGUCAUAAGAAUAGCGGCCCUCGUUAUGUUCACCGUCGUUUGUAUCACGCUUUGGAACUCUAGCGGCUGCUGGUGCUUCAACAAGGGUUCCGUAAGCAAUUUGAGCAGUAACGGAGAAGCAGCGAAGGUUAUUCCAGAAAACACUCCACUCUUUCGCUCUUUGCGGGGCAUCUAUAACGCGGAUGAGAGCAGCAGCAGCAGCAGCUCCAGCACUAGCAGCCUCCGAACAUCGGCAAUUUCUGAGUCAGGUUCGGACGGAGGUUCGGACGGUCGCCCGUUCAUCUACGUUUACGAUUUAGGUCCGGAAUACACGGAGAAGGUUCUGGAGUUGAACCCGGCGUGGUACUCGCACCAGUAUGACGUGGAGCGUUACAUGACGGAGGUCAUUCGGGGAAGUAACGCCGUACGUACGGAUGACCCUGAACAAGCCACGCUGUUCCUGAUCCCGUUCUUCGCGGCACGUUACACGCUCUACUGCUUCCGGUCCUGGGAGAAUAACAUGCGACAAGCGAUCGAAGAGGGCUCGAGAGUCUGGGAGAAGCUUAUAACGAGGGUCAGGAGAGACCACCCGUACUUUAAUCGCACCAACGGCCGGGAUCAUUUCUCCUUCGGGACGCUGGAUCACGGCCGUUGCCACUCGCUGACGUUCGUGGACCCGCGAGUGUACGGCGAAAUGUUCUUUGUAACCCUAAACGGCGACAAGAUGGUUCGCAGCACGCAUUCGAGCCCCGGGCGAAACAUGCAGGUCAUUUCGUACAACUACGGCGCGAUGAUCACGGAUCCGACGGUCCCAGACAUCCCGUGCUACGCGCCGGAUCGCGACAUCGUCGUGCCGGCUUUAGUCGCGAAUCGGCUGCCGAUCGUGCCGCCCUUCGAGACGGAGCGCGAGAUUAAAGUGCUCUUCCGGUUCGGCGCGGCGCAGCACCACGGCGAGCCGCUGAAGCACCACAACCGCGACAUCCGGAGGGAGUUAAUCGAGAUGUACCGCGACGCGGGGCACGAGGGGUGGGACUUCGCGGAGAAGGGGGAGUACGAGACGGACGAGGAGUGGAAGAAGAGCGUCUUCUGCAUCUGCCCGCCAGGGCACUCCCAGUGGACCAGCCGCCCGUUCAAGGCGCUCAUCUCAGGGUGCAUCCCAGUGACGUUCUUCAGAGAGCACGACAACCCGUGGGCCGACGAGCUGGACUACUCAACCGUGUCGGUCAACAUGGAUCCCGACGAGCUGCACACACUGAAAGAAAGGCUGGACGCGGUUCCUGUCAAGAAGCUGCAGCGAAACAUCGAGGCGAUCCAGGAAGCCUACCGGUGGACGGGGGAGUACAAUAGAGGGGCAGAGGCGAUGCUUCUAAAGAGGCUGAGGCAACGAGGCUGUCAGCUACAAGUGGCAGAGCAGUUGAGAAAAAGGGCCCUGCAAUAACGAGGGGUUGAGGGGGAAGGAGCCCUGCAAUAACGAGGGGCUGAAGGGGAAAGAGCUCUGCAGUAACGAGGGGCUGAGGGCCUGCAAUUACCUUGAGAGGGUAAGGUGAGGAGGAAGGGGGCGUGCAGGCGCUGCUCUGUGUGGAGUUGAUUGAGAGCCCCACCCAACUUUUGACAGUGCAUGUCUGCUCCACCCUGCUCUGCUCUGGUCCUUUUUGUUUGGGCCACAAGCUGCUGGCUACAGCCGUCCAGUCCAGGAGCGUUAUCCUGCACUCGGACAUUCUGGGGCAGCUGCAAACACGUGAGGGGAUGGAUGGGUCGAUGGGGGGGAAGGGAUGGGAGGGUGGGAACAUCAAGAUGUGGGAAGGAGAGGGGGGCUUGGGCUCGGCAUAAGGUAUGAGGCUGUUGUAAUCAGAGUGGCUGGCUGCGUAAGGGUAUAUGGUACAGUAGUAAUGGUUGGUAGUAGUACCUACUACCUACCUUCCUGUAAUGUUAUGAGCAUAUUUUUUCUAUCAAGGGGUCGUCCGUAGGAGAGAAUCGAGCUGGCUAUUUACUUCCCCCCCUCCAAUGGCAAUUGAUACAAACUGUUUCUGGAUAUUUAUAGGCCAUCAGACAUCAAGUCUAUGUAGGAAGGACUAAAUAUAAAGAAAAAGC